GAUAAUAGGCAUCGUAAAAUUGUGUUUUCUGGGCUUUAUAUAACUCGGCUUUUGUACGGCUAUUUAGUUCUUAGAAAAUUCGUAACCUGCAUACAUCUACUUAAUUUUUACUUGCUAAACAUGGUCCUCUCAAAGCGCCUACUCGUUGUUCUACUUAUGAGUUAUCUUGUUUUCCUCACGGUAGCGGCAGCACAUCCCUCCGUAGGUACGUGUUUCCGGAAUUGCUCGCAGAGUAAGAAGUUCCUAGGAAUCUACUUCGACGUGCAGCUCUGCGACGAAUAUUGCGUCAAGUUCAAAGGAAAGAUGACUCCAGACGUCGAGGAUCCCGACAGUCUGGCGCCAUUCAUCACGAAUUUAAACGAAGUUCAAUAAGGUCUCUCGGCAAGCCGUGCAGAUGACGGAGACGCCAAAGAAUAAGUGUGUGCAUAUUUUUUGCGAGCGUUCGACUGAUGUAAUUUUAAUUUUAUUUUGUACGGAAAUAGGAUGUACGAUUAUUUAUUUAUUUCUGCAAAUUUUAUUUUAUGUUACACGUACAAAUUAUCACUUAAAGUAUACUUAAUUAUCCUUUGUACAAAAUAUUGUGCAUCAGCUUACGAGAAAUAUCUAACUUUAUGUAAUGAUCUAGGCUAAUGAUGAUCCACAUUCUGGUAUUAUCGACAGCGUUUGCUUGAAUUCGAGCUGUUGUAUCUGCAAAGCAAAGAGAAUAAAUGUACGUUAUACAUAACUCAA